UACUUGGUACCUAUCAUUCGCUGAUUCACCGCUAGUGCUCAGUGCUUACCAAUUAUUUGUUAGUUGAUGUCGUUGAUGGUCGACUGUGCUCUGUGUACUAUUGAUCUGGUUAACAAUCACCGGAGGAAUUUCGUUAAUAAAUUGUUUAUAUUCUUAGUAUAACAAAUUUUUUUCGAAAAUGUCGUCUUACAAAGUCACGUAUUUCAACGUCACUGCUUUGGCAGAACCCAUCAGAUUUCUUCUGUCCUAUUUAAACAUCGAUUUCGAAGAUUUUCGUUUUGAACGCGAACAAUGGCCUGCACUCAAACCAACCAUGCCAUUUGGCAAAGUGCCAACAUUGGAAAUCGAUGGGAAAGUAUUAAAUCAAUCGACUGCAAUUACUCGUUAUUUAUCUAAAAAAGCUGGAUUAGCUGGUAGUGACGAUUGGGAAUCUUUGUUGAUUGAUAUCGCUGUUGAUAAUAUUCACGAUUUACGACAAGCAAUAGCAUUAUAUGCAUACGAUUCAAAUGAAGCAAGUAAAGAAGCAAGAUAUGCACCAUUGAUCAAUGAAACAAUACCGUUUUAUAUGAAUAAAUUUGAAAAAAGUGUUGAAGAAAAUAAUGGAUACUUUGUAAAUGGAAAGUUGUCAUGGGCUGAUUUAUUUUUUGUAGCUAUUUUAGACUACAUGAAUUUUAUGGCAAAAAUUGACUUAUUAGAGGGUCGUCCAAAUUUGAAGGCACUGAAAGAAAAAGUGUUAGAAGUACCUCAAAUUAAGGCAUGGGUUGCUAAACGACCAACAAAUAAUCCUUAAAUAUCAAACAGCAUCAAGCAACACAUUAUAAUAAGAUGAUUAUAUUUAUUUUAAAAUUAAUAAUACUUCAUACAGAUGAAAUUUAUUUUUACACA